AGUGAAAAGGGAAAAAAAGAUUGGGGAGGAAUAGAAAGCAGAUAGGCAGAGAUGAUAGGAGGGGUUUAAAGACCGAACAUAACGCUUUACUCGAUCCUAUCUGUCGUAUUUCAUUCACAGUACAUCUAUUUGAGGACCGUCACGAAUGUCUCAAGAGAUUUUUGGGUCCUGAUUCGCAGUCAAGUCACAGUUAAAACCAGACCCAGAUCCUCAGAGGAGCGUCGACAGUUAACGUUUCAGGACGAACAUCGAGAGAUAAUAACAGCGGGGAACAUAAUGCUUGAUGCAUCUGCUGGAAGGACCAUGUACACCGGUGGUUUGCGUUCUCUGCCAGCUUGCAGAUAACCAGUGACUGUAACAUGAGGACCGGUGGAGAAUGACAUCUCAUCCUGAGGGUUGUUACAGAAAGCCAGAGAAAAUGAACAAGGCCAACGGAUACGUGAUCAUUUAUUUAGCGUCCAUGAUUAGUUUCUGUGCGACAGAGGCUUUGAACAUCUCAGCAGUGGAUGGAGACGGAAGAGAGAAUGGGACCGAGGCAGAUGGAGGUGGCUCGGUUCCCCUGGUACUCACCAAAGUAAGCCAGAUCAUCGCCCGUGAGGGGAACUGUGCUUUAAUUGACUGUAAUAUCACCGGCGACCCCUUUCCAAACAUCCAGUGGUUCAACUCGCACGGACACCUGCUUGACACUGAGAAAAGUGAUGGUAAAUGGUGGAUUCUGGAUAAUGGCGUCCUCAACAUCACCAGCAUCACAUUCGCAGACCGCGGCAAAUACACCUGCAUGGCCUCCAACACACAUGGCAAGGCCAACUGCACGGUGACGCUGCGCGUGGUCUUCACCAACGGAGAUAUGGGCGUGUACUACAUGGUGGUGUGUCUGGUGACCUUUACCAUCAUCAUGAUUAUGAACAUCACUCGCCUUUGCAUGAUGAGCAGCCAUCUGAAGAAAACUGAGAAGGCCAUCAAUGAGUUCUUCCGCACGGAAGGCGCGGAAAAGCUCCAAAAGGCCUUUGAGAUUGCGAAGCGAAUUCCUAUCAUUACCUCAGCAAAAACGCUGGAGCUGGCGAAGGUCACACAGUUCAAGACCAUGGAGUUCGCGCGCUACAUCGAGGAGUUAGCGCGUAGCAUACCGCUCCCGCCGCUGAUCAUGAACUGCCGCACCUUCAUGGAGGAGAUCCUCGAGGUCGUCGGCGUGGAGGAAAUGAGACACACUUUUGUCCGACAAGCACCUGAGAGUCACGGCGAGGCAGCUGCCAGCACUUCCGACGAUGUUUUCACUAUCUUGCGUGAAAGAGAGCGGGCGAGGGAGCGGGAGCGCAGCGAUUCUCCCGCCGCGGACUCGGAUGACGCGUCGCUUCACGAGCAGCCUCAACACAUAGCCAUUCAGGUUUCGGUUCAUCCACCGUUAGCUGCAGCAGGAUGCUGUAACAUGGAAGCUCCGCCUCCUCCCAAAGUUGUCUCCUCUCCACCACCAUUGGCUCAGCUGCCCCUGGAGGAGGAGUCUGAGGAGAACGAAAACCAGGCGGAGUCUGUACAAGGGGGUGAUUCUGUACAAGGGGGUGAUUCUGUACAAGGGGGUGAUGCUGCACAGAAAACCCAAGUCACUUAUGAAAGCCAUGUGUAAUAUCCUGAGGGAAGGAUAAUGACCUCGCUAUGCAUUUUCUUGGGAAACGAAAAGGUCAAGAUUUGUUUUUCUUCUCAGUAGUUGCUUUCUAUUAGUCAUCUUAGGAAAGAUGAAGAAUAGCUUCAUUUGUGUUUGGGUGAAUCUCGCAAAACUCAUAUUUCUGGGUCAUAUUUUACCUUAAAAUUAAUUGGGGGGGGGGGGGGUGGAAGAGAAAUUGUAUUUUGCGUAAAGAAAAUAAAGCCCAUUUUCCGUAGUUUCUAGACUGCAUUGUGAUAUUUGAAUGAGAUUAACCCUCAAUUUUUAGAAGCUACUGUAAUUCAUAAAGUGUUCUCAUUACUGUACAAUUAAUUAUUUUUUAUUAUUAUUAAUUUUUUUCCACAAAAGUUAAAUGCUCAAUAUUCGUUCAAUUAUACAUCUUGGUUGUAUUUGUGAUGACUGAAUUUAAUUUAGGUUGGUUUCAAUUAAAACGGAACAGAAUAAUUGUUCGUACUGUUUUGCAAUUAUAUAUAAAAAAAGUAAAAAUAUUUGAAAAAUAUAUAAUUUUUUUUGCAUUACAGUAAUAUUUUGGAGGCAAAAUUUGCCUAAAAUCAUAUCACAAUCCCCAAAAAUUAUUAAUAGUCUUAAAAAUGGUUAAUUUUCUUUUAUGCAAAAAUUUUUCCGUAAAUUUUGGGGUAAAAUAUAGCCUCGUCAUUUCUUUGUGAGAUAGACCUGUUUAAGUUAUAUUUCCCAUGACAAUGAAUACUUAAGCUUAAUGUAUUUUGGGCGAAGUUCUCCAUUUAUUUAGAAAAUCCAGGUUUGCCCAUGAUUUAUUUAUUUUUAAUAGUUUCCAGAAACUAGGGCUCUUGAGGGAUACAAAGGACACAUCUUAAUCAUCAGACAUAAAGUAGUUCUGUUGGAUGUAGUUUCGGAUUAUCCAUUUCACGAAUAAACGAGAACGCACGACUGAUUAAUACAUUUGGCUGAAAGUAAAACACUUACACCGUCUGAGGCUGAAGUGCAUUUUUCAUUCAAUAGAAAUCCAACAUUUUUGAAAAUAUGUCAGAAGUCUCUCCCUCUUGUUAUGCAUGAAGAAUGCAUGUCGAUCUGUUUUCAAUGCUGGACUCGGAGAGACAAAACUUUUGUUUGCGUGAUCUUGUCUGCUAUGUGUUAUUUAUCAUCUGUCAGGUAAACACGGCAUCGACACUGAAUAGCAUUGUAGAAAUUUCAGUUUGAGAUUACGAGGCAUUUUAUUCAGUUGAGUUUCCACUGGAGUCUUUAUACUGUUACUGUAAUUAAUGAUAGUAUUAUUACUUUACUAGUAGUACUACAGUAAGUGUUACUUUUGAUUUCAGACGCACAGCUAGGUUUCUUUCUUUCGAGUGUUUUUGUUAUAUUUUAACCAGUCUUUUUGAGGAUCCAACAGAGAGUUCUUUAUAACAGAGCCCCGAUAAUAAUGUUCAAUCUCUUCUGAUGUCCCAGAAACACUGGACCUAUAUAGUCUUGCUUCUUAAAAAGGCUCACUUUUUAGUUUCAGUGCAAACAAGUUAGAAUUCUUCAAUGUAAUGGGGCUCUAAAUCCAGAGUAACCUAGCAGUCCGCUGCACUGCUGAUAUAGCUAAACAGGUUAAGCACUAGUCAUUAUGAGUGUUCCUGGUCAGGAUUGCCAGAGAAAGAGAUGACCAUGGUGCUCUUCAAAACGCUGUUUUAUAAGUAGUGAAAUAAAGCUGCUGUGUACCCAUGA